UCGCUCGGCGCCUCAAACCGCCAUUUUGGAGUCAGAGAACCGAGAGUCGGCAGCAGCGACGAGAGAGACCGAAAAGGGGGACACGGGGCCGAGGGUUUUUCACCCUUUUUUUUGACCAUUAUUCUUGGAAUCAAGAACAAUGUCAGCUCUUAUCGAGAAGUAAAAGGUCCUGCCCUGCUGGGCAGACGUGUCUGGGCUGCAUGGCGUCGGGGCAGGGCGGCCGGCUGGAGGUUGGGGCAUCGGGGACCUCUGGCCUGGCCAAACCUCUCUACCUGCAGCGCUUAGAGAGAUCCCUGAAGUUGGGCAGUUUUCUGCGCCAGACUGCUGCUGUCUUCAACAGAGACAUAACCAGUGAUGAUAGCGACGACAGCGAUGGCGCGCUGGGGACGGGACUGUCGCUGGACUCCUCAGCUCAACAUGCAGCUCUGACAGUGAAGACUGAGCCGUGUGAGCAAGGUGACGGGCUGGCAGACGGAAAGCCUCUUAACGGAGUUCUUGUGCAAGGGAAAGACCAAAAGGCAGAUAAAACGAGUCUCUACAAUUUCUCCAAGCUGAAGAAGAACAGGAAAUGGCUCAAGAGCAUCCUGUUGAGUGAUGACACCACGGACUCGGACACGGAUUCUGAUGACGCAAACUUCACAUUGUCUCGGGAGGAGCUGCACGACAUGCUGAGGCUGCACCGGUACACCAGGCAGCAUCAGAGCAAGUUCUACUCCGACCGGGAGCUUCACCAGUAUCAGUACUACAGCACUGGACUCCUGUCGACUCAUGACCCCUUUUAUGAGCAACAGCGUCACCUGCUGGGCCCAAAGAAAAAGAAAAUUAAAGAUGAGAAGAAAUUUAAGGCCAAACUGAAAAAAGUAAAGAAGAAGAAGAAGCGUGGAGAGGGAGAAUUCCUGGACGAGGAGCGUCCUUAUGUCACCAAGAUCUUCGCUAAAUUUUCCCACGAUGCUCCGCUGCCCAUGGUGAAGAAGAAGCACCUCACCAUUGAGCAGCUGAAUGCACGGCGGCGGAAGGUCUGGCUCACCAUCGCCAAAAAGGAAAUCCCCAAGUCGUUCAAGCAGAAGACUUCUGCUAAGAACCUAGUUUUAACCAAUGCUAAGAAGCUGGCUCACCAGUGCAUGCGAGAGGUCCGGCGUGCAGCCAUUCAGGCUCAGAAGAACUGCAAGGAGACGCUACCUCGUGCCAGACGCCUCACCAAGGAGAUGAUGCUCUACUGGAAGAAGUACGACAAAGUGGAGAAGGAGCACCGGAAGAGGGCUGAGAAGGAAGCCCUGGAGCAGCGUAAACUAGACGAAGAGAUGAGAGAGGCCAAGCGUCAGCAGCGGAAACUGAACUUCCUCAUCACCCAGACGGAGCUGUACGCUCACUUUAUGAGCGGCAAAGCCAGCGUGGGGGGUCCAGGAGGAGACGCAGCUCAGGAGGAGAUUCUGAGGAAGCUUGAAGACACUGCAGCCCAGAGACAGAUAGACAUCGGAGGAGGAGUGAUGGUCAACAUGGGGCAGGAGGACUAUGAUAGUGAAUAUUACAAAUCUCAGGCCUUGAGGAACGCCAAAGAGGCCUACCAGAUUCACCAGGAGAGAACGCGAAUGUUUGACGAAGAGGCUAAAGACAGCCGCAGUGCGUCUCUACACGCUGCCGUUGGCUUGUCCUCGGGCAUCGGCUCUGGGUUCGGAGAAAGUUACAGCCUUUCCAAUCCAUCCAUCCACGCGGGGGAAGAGAUUCCACAGCCCACCAUCUUCAAUGGGAAGCUGAAGGGUUACCAGCUCAAAGGCAUGAACUGGCUGGCCAACCUCUACGAACAGGGAAUCAAUGGAAUCCUGGCAGACGAAAUGGGACUGGGGAAGACGGUUCAGAGCAUCGCCCUGCUGGCACACCUGGCAGAGAGAGACAACAUCUGGGGUCCGUUUCUCAUCAUCUCUCCGGCGUCCACGCUCAACAACUGGCAUCAGGAGUUCACCCGCUUUGUGCCCAAAUUCAAGGUGUUGCCGUACUGGGGAAACCCUCAUGAUCGCAAAGUGAUUCGCAAAUUUUGGAGCCAGAAAACCCUUUACACACAAAAUGCACCAUUCCACGUGGUGAUCACGAGCUACCAGCUGGUGGUCCAAGAUGUCAAAUACUUCCAGAGGGUCAAGUGGCAGUACAUGGUGCUGGAUGAGGCCCAGGCACUGAAAAGCAGCACCAGCGUCCGGUGGAAAAUCCUGCUGCAGUUCCAGUGUCGAAACAGACUCCUGCUCACCGGGACGCCCAUCCAGAACACAAUGGCUGAGCUGUGGGCCCUGCUGCACUUCAUCAUGCCCACAUUGUUUGAUUCCCAUGAAGAGUUUAACGAGUGGUUCUCCAAGGACAUCGAGAGCCACGCUGAAAACAAGUCUGCCAUCGACGAGAACCAGCUCUCCAGAUUGCACAUGAUCCUGAAGCCUUUCAUGCUGCGCAGGAUCAAGAAGGACGUGGAAAACGAGCUCUCAGACAAGAUUGAGAUCCUGACCUACUGCCAGCUGACGUCCCGGCAGCGGCUGCUCUACCAGGCGCUGAGGAACAAGAUCUCCAUCGAGGACCUGCUGCAGUCCUCCAUGGGCACGGCUCAGCAGGCCCACAGCACCACGUCCUCGCUCAUGAACCUCGUCAUGCAGUUCAGGAAGGUGUGCAACCACCCCGACCUGUUUGAGCGUCAGGAGACACGUUCUCCUUUCCACAUGUUCCUCAAACCCUACAUCCUGUCCAAGUUCCUCUACCGUCACGGCCUCGUCCACGCACACAACCCGGCCAAGAACAAAUUACUUCAGGUGCUGUUGUCUCCUUUCUCUCCGGAUCACAUCCAGCAGUCUCUUUUUCACAGGAAAGGUGACGACAAAGGAAGCUGUUUCUCCUUCUUGCGCUUUAUUGACGUGUCACCAGCUGAGAUGUCCAACCUUAUGCUGCAGGGCACCUUAGUGAGAUGGUUAGCACUUUUUCUGUCCCUGAAAGCUGCGUACCGGCUCCACACUCAGCGCCUGUUCAACCUUGAAGAAGAAGAAGGUCACGACGAAGCCAGAGACGGGACGCUACAGCCCCAGAUUAAAUGUCUGUCUCGUAAGGACCUGAUUCUGUGGCUGAACAGACCCAUCGCCUUCCCCAACACACACACCAGCCCUGUCCUGCAGGAUUUGGUGUUCACAGCCUCCAGGCCCGGCAUGCUGGGACACACAGACGUGAGGAUCCACAGCAGAAACUCUUCCACCUCCACGCUCCGGCCCUGCCAGCCCACACUGCCACCCAAGUUCCUGCUCGCCGCCACGCCCAAGGUGACGGCAGUUCCCAUGGAGCGUUAUUGUGCCGACCGCAGCGCCGAGUACGAGUGGCGGGUGACGCGCGGCGGCGGGGGCGCCAUCUUCAAGCAGUGUUUUCUCUACGGCUCCCCUGAACUCGCCUCAGAUUGGCGUGCGAGGGCUAAUUCCUUUUACCCACAAUCCCCCGGGGGAGUGAUGGCCCUUUACCCUCGCCACGGAUGGUCCUUCAUACGGAUUCCUGAUAAGGAAAGCCUGAUCACGGAAAGUGGCAAACUCCACACUUUGGACAUCCUGUUGAGUCGGCUAAAGGCCCAGGGACACAGAGUUCUCAUCUACUCCCAGAUGACGCGAAUGAUAGACCUGCUCGAGGAGUACAUGGUUUAUCGGAAACACACCUACAUGCGCCUCGACGGAUCCUCCAAGAUCUCAGAACGCAGAGACAUGGUGGCCGACUUCCAGAGCCGGACGGAUAUCUUUGUAUUUCUGCUGAGUACGAGAGCCGGAGGGCUUGGCAUCAACCUGACUGCUGCUGACACUGUCAUCUUCUACGACAGCGACUGGAACCCCACGGUGGACCAGCAGGCCAUGGACCGGGCUCACCGGCUGGGCCAGACCAAGCAGGUCACCGUCUACCGGCUCAUCUGCCAGGGCACCAUCGAGGAGAGGAUCCUGCAGCGGGCCAAGGAGAAGAGCGAGAUCCAAAGGGUGGUGAUCUCUGGAGGCAACUUCAAACCAGACACUCUCAAACCUAAAGAGGUGGUCAGCCUGCUUUUGGACGACGACGAGCUGGAGAAGAAGCUGCGUCAGAGACAAGAGGAGAAGAGGCAGCAGGAGGAGAGCAGCAAGGUGAAGGAGCGCAAGAGGAAGAGGGAGAAAUACGCCGAAAAGAAGAAGAACGAGGAGUCGGAGAGCAAGAGGAAGAAGGAGGUGAACCUGGUCAUCUCCCACGCGCCCUCAGCCGACAACUCCAACCUGUCUGCAGACGGAGACGACUCGUUCAUCAGCGUGGAGAUGGACUCGGCCAUGCCCAGUCCUUUCAGCGAGAUCUCCCUGAGCAGCGAGCUCCAGCCCGGUUCGUUGCCUCCGGACGCCGACGCCGACGAGAGCAGCAGCGACAUGCUGGUCAUCGUCGACGAUCCCGUUUCUUCUGCGCCGCAGUCUCGUGCCACCAACUCCCCGGCCUCCGUGUCCGGGUCGGUCUCCGACAACAUGAAUGGUGUUUCAGGCUCGGACACAAUCAGUCCCGGCAGAGGGAGGUCGGGGCGGAGUCGCGGCCGUCCUAAAGGGUCCGGAGGCGGCGCCAAGUCUGGAGGCAAAGGACGCGGCCGGAAGUCAACAGCUGGCAGCGCGGCGGCGAUGGCUGGAGCGAUGGCGGGAGCAGCGGCCGCCUCAGCAGCUGCUUACGCUGCCUACGGCUACAGCGUUUCUAAAGCCGGCCUCUCUGCGUCCAGCCCCCUGCAGCCCUCCCUGGGCCGGUCCGGUACCGGCCCCGCCUUCAACCCCAGCAGGAGCUCCUCUCCCCAGGCCAAAGGAGGCACCUCCACGCCGAGCCCCCACAAACAGCUGGCCCACAGCCACCACCACAGCAGCCACGGCGCAGUCAGGAAGGGGAAGGGCCCUGGUGGUCCUGGGGCUCGGUGAUGCACUCAGACACUCUGCACACACACGAAUGUGCCCCGAAACACACACAGAAAACUGACCUUCUCUUCACUGUGACCCCUGCAGACGACGCCCCUAUGCCUAAACUAAUAAGUAGGGAGUGCAGUAUUUCUAGUCCCUGAGGCUCACUACCUGGAGGACCAACGUAAAACGCUCACAGUCAUCUGAAGGUUCAGUCUCCACCAGCCUCCACAUGAGUUACUUCAGUUGUGUUUUAAUGUGUCCCGCUCAGAGGACGAAACCUGCCUUGAGUAUUUGUGUUUUGGAGUAUUUCCAAGUGCUUUUUUUCCGAGAACUGUACGUUUCCACCGGUGACAGGACUCUCUUCUGCUUUGCCGCCUGGCCGUGGCGUGACGACAGAGACACGGAGCGACACGUGUAGUUUUUAAAGGGCUUGUUCGCAUCCUUGCGUUUUGCCAGAGACGGCAGCCAGACGAAGGAGUUUCCGUCAGAUGCACUGAGCCACGUCUUCCUGGUGAUUCUCAUAGGUGUACGUUAGGUUAUUUAAAUGUUGUAGAUACGCUCAGUGCAACCUGGUGGAUGAUUCUGCAUUUCACAGAGCUUAAUGUGAACCCCCAGCUUCCCUGAACCAACACUUUACCAAACAACACAGCUUUUGUACUAAAGCUCCUAUUUUUGUAACGAACCAGUGCCCAAACCAACAUGGCAGGUGUUGACGUUUUGAAAAGAUUUUGUCCAUAAAAUGUAUUCCAGUAAUUAUAUUUUUUGUCCGAAUGGGAAAAUAAUGUACAAAACUAUAUUCCAAACUGAGGGGUUGAUACAGCCGUGCUGCUAACCGUAAAUCUAUGAAUUGACUCUCUGCUUGUCUAUUUAAGUUAUUAGAGUUGUGUUCAAACGGGCAAUUUGCGAUAAUAGCGCUAAUAUUCACAUGUAAAGCUGUAAAUUGUGAAUUCUGAAGCCAUUUCCUUUUUAUUUUUUUUCCCCGAAGCUGUUUUCUGUGAUGAGACUGAGUCUGUGGUUCUCUUCGAUGUCGUCGAUGUUUUAGGAAGAAAAAGAAAAAACUACAACAAAACGUUUGCAUCCUGAGUUGAGCACUACAUCUGUUCUAGGUUUGUUUUUUUGUUGUUGUGUGUUUAUAGUGUGAUUAAAAACUCUGAUGUUCUAUAUUGAUGUACAUACUGAUGAGAGCGGCGUGUCCUCUGGCUUUUCCCUCGUCUGCCUGUCUAUUUUUAUAGGUCAUGUGUACAUAUGGAGAAAUGCAUCCGCCAUUUUACUAACAGGAGGAGUCGAGAUAAAAUAAAAGAGUGCUGAAGCCGA